CUGGAGACAGAGAUCGACUGUAGACCUUUGAACAUCCAAGAAGACGCAAAGCUUUAAGUGUAUUUUGCAGAAGCUUCGACAAGGGCGAUGUUGAAGCUUAUUCUUCUCAGCGCUGUAGUUGCUCUGGGAGAAUUCUCUGCUCUGGACAAUGCAAAUGCAGUCAAGGAGCAGGAGAAUUGGAGAUGUGAUAGAGCAUGCCCCUCUGGUUGGACCAAGUACAAUUCACAUUGUUACUUCUACGUCAGCACUAAGAGGACAUGGUCCCAAGCUGAGCAAAACUGUCUGUCCCUUGAAGGAAACCUGGUGUCUAUUCUCAGUGCUGGUGAGAAUGAGGCUGUCAAGGACCUGGUGUUUAGAGCCACUCAUUCUUACCCUUGGACCUGGAUUGGAGGAUCUGAUACUAAUGAGAACAGGGUGUGGUUCUGGAGUGAUGGAGCCAAAUUUGAUUACAGUAACUGGGCAAGUGGAGAGCCCAAUAAUCAGGCAGGCGCAGAGCAUUGUAUUCAAACUGAUUAUGAAGGAGCUGGAUACUGGAACGAUUUACCCUGUGAAUCACAAUUGCCUUCUGUGUGCAAGCUCAGACACCAUUAAAUCCAACAAGACAUCAACAAAUGCAACUCAACUCUGUCAAAUAUGAACACUUUUUAUGGUGAAGUCUAACACUUUUUGAAGUUGAUUACUUGCUGUAAAAGGAAAUUUACAAAAUGUUGGUUUUGAGUUUUGAUGUAAAUAAAACUAGUGAAUGCAUUA